CAUCUCCUUAUCCACAAAGCCCAGAACCCUCUCGUUUGCUCCCGGUCUGAAAAAUGGCGACUGCAAAUGCUCUCUCCUCUCCCUCUGUCCUCUGCUCUUCACGACAGGGAAAGCUGAGUGGUGGAAGUCAGCAGAAAGGUCAAAGAGUAAGCUACAGGAAAGCAAACAGACGCUUCAGCGUUAGAGCAAAUGUAAAGGAGAUUGCUUUCGACCAGAGCUCAAGAGCUGCUCUUCAAGCUGGUAUCGACAAGCUUGCUGAUGCUGUUGGUCUCACUCUUGGCCCUAGAGGGAGGAAUGUUGUGUUGGAUGAGUUUGGUAGCCCCAAGGUUGUGAACGAUGGAGUCACCAUCGCUAGGGCCAUUGAGUUACCUGACGCCAUGGAGAACGCUGGUGCAGCACUCAUCCGCGAGGUUGCGAGUAAGACUAAUGACUCAGCUGGCGACGGGACAACAACUGCUUCCGUCCUGGCUCGGGAAAUCAUCAAACACGGUCUGUUGAGCGUCACUUCCGGCGCCAAUCCUGUCUCCCUCAAGAGAGGAAUCGACAAGACCGUUCAAGCUUUGAUAGAAGAGCUUGAGAAGAGAUCUAGACCUGUCAAAGGCGGUAGCGACAUCAAAGCCGUGGCUACAAUCUCAGCUGGAAACGAUGAGCUUAUUGGAGCGAUGAUCGCUGACGCCAUUGACAAAGUGGGACCUGAUGGUGUCUCUCUUGAGUCCUCAUCCUCCUUUGAGACCACCGUCGAAGUCGAAGAAGGGAUGGAGAUUGACAGAGGCUACAUCUCCCCUCAGUUCGUUACCAACCCCGAGAAGCUGCUCGUCGAGUUCGAGAACGCGAGGGUGUUGAUCACUGAUCAGAAGAUCACCGCCAUCAAGGACAUCAUCCCCAUCUUGGAGAAAACCACUCAGCUUCGAGCUCCGUUGCUGAUCAUCGCUGAGGAUGUCACAGGGGAGGCCUUAGCAACUCUGGUUGUGAACAAACUCCGCGGUGUUCUCAACGUUGUUGCUGUUAAAGCUCCAGGGUUCGGAGAAAGGAGAAAAGCUAUGCUUCAGGAUAUAGCAAUCUUGACGGAGCCGAGUACCGCCCUUGACAUGGGCCUGCUGGUGGAAAACACGACCAUAGAUCAGUUGGGGAUUGCUAGAAAAGUGACUAUCAGCAAAGACUCGACCACGCUUAUAGCCGACGCAGCUUCCAAGGACGAGCUUCAAGCUCGUAUCUCCCAGCUGAAGAAGGAGCUCUUCGAGACUGACUCUGUGUAUGACUCGGAGAAGCUCGCUGAGAGGAUUGCUAAGCUCUCUGGUGGUGUUGCCGUCAUUAAAGUCGGAGCAGCGACUGAGACCGAGCUCGAGGACCGUAAGCUUCGUAUUGAGGAUGCAAAGAACGCAACGUUCGCUGCUAUCGAGGAAGGAAUAGUUCCCGGUGGUGGCGCCACGUUGGUGCAUCUCUCCACUGUGAUUCCCGCCAUUAAGGAGACGUUUGAGGACGCUGAUGAACGUUUGGGAGCUGAUAUAGUACAGAAGGCAUUGGUGGCACCAGCUGCGCUUAUUGCGCAGAACGCUGGAAUCGAAGGGGAAGUUGUGGUGGAGAAGAUUAUGUUCAGUGAAUGGGAGCUAGGGUACAACGCCAUGACUGAUACCUAUGAGAAUCUGUUGGAAGCGGGAGUGAUUGAUCCAGCUAAAGUGACGAGAUGUGCGCUGCAGAACGCUGCUUCGGUUGCAGGGAUGGUGCUGACCACUCAGGCCAUUGUUGUUGACAAACCUAAACCCAAGGCUCCUGCUGCUGCUGCACCUGAGGGCCUCAUGGUGUAAUGAAGUUUGCACAUCUAUCAUAUUUGUUGUCCCCAACUAUCUUGCAAUGUUUUUUUUUCCUAUGGGGAAAUGAGUAGCUUUGUUUAACGAGAAAUAAUAUUUUUAUAUUCCGAGUAAGGAUUGUUCUGAUUGCAAAAUAAAAUGUUUUUGUAUUCAAAA